AAAAAAAACAUAUUUGGUGGCUGAUAUUAUUUAGCUUCUUUUUACACAAUCUAUACAGUUUAUAAGCUCCUCACUUACACUUGACAUCCUUUUAUUUUGCUGUUUAUCAAAGGAACCUUUGUAAUUUACAUUUCGCUAUAAUUUGCUACCCGUUUUAUAGUUCAAUUUAAAAAUAAGCAUAGAAGGAUAUAUGGGUGGGUGAAUUCAACUCAAAUAUCCGUUACCCCAUUUUUCUUGCAGUGUGCAUCCAUAGACGCGUCACAUGACUCGUUAAUCUUCAGAGUAUUUCCGCGUUCACGGACGCAGAGCUGUGAUCAAUGACGCUCCGCGGGGAUGUGCGCGAUUUACUGUCAUAAAUAAGGACCGUUUGCCGUUUCCAAACACAGCGGGCCUCCAUCAAUGAAUGAAUGAAUCAAUGAAUGAAUGAAUUAAGCCUCCACCAUCUGAGGUUUUCCUCCUCUAGUCUCCUUUGAGCUCCGUCCGUCGUCGAGCAGCGCGGCCGAAGCUGGGGGGGAAUCCGGGGAAAGGGAGCCGCGGCGCCGCGCACCGGCCGACGGACGCCCCGCCGCGACGCGCCACCAACAUGCUCACACGGGUCAAGUCCGCCGUGGCCGGAUUCAUGGGUGGAAUCAUGGCCGGGGGGAGCUCCGGCGGAGGGGGCAACCCUGGAUCCGAACUGCCCCUGAAAUUUCCGUAUAAAAGACCCGAGUUCCUCGGCCUGAGCUCGGAUGAGAUCGAGUGUUCCGCGGACCACAUUUCGCGGCCCAUCCUCAUCCUGAAGGAGACCAGGAGAUUACCGUGGGCCACCGGAUACGCUGAGGUGAUUAAUGCCGGCAAGAGUGCGCUGAACGAGGACCAGGCGUGCUGCACAGUAGUUGUGGCCAGAAGGAGGCCGAUGAGCUACUGCCCCCAGUCGACGCCCAGCAACACGCCCACCGCCAAGAGACGCAGCUCCCUGCCUAAUGGAGAGGGCCAUGGGCUGCACAUGGAGCACAACAAGCUGGAGGAAGAGAGUGAAGGACUCGUGUUCCACUACUGGGCUUUGUUUGACGGCCACGCGGGUUCGGGCGCGGCGGUCGUCGCCUCCCGUCUGCUGCAGCACCACAUCGCCUGCCAGCUCCAGGCCGUGAUCGAGAUCCUGCGCAGCCCGUCCUCCCUGCCUCCCACUGUGCUGGGCGAAGAGCCCGACAGCAACCCCUACCUCCAGGGCAACACACCUCAUCGGUCCCUGACCAGGGCCGCUUCACUGCGCGGUGCCGCCGGGGCGCCGGGCUCCCCGUGCAGCACCCCGCCUCCGCCUCGCUUUUUCUCAGAGAAAAAGGUCCAGCACGAGAGUCUGGUGAUCGGAGCCAUAGAGAACGCCUUCAAAGAGAUGGACGCCCAGAUUGAGAGGGAGAAGCAGGCUUACCACGUCACAGGAGGAUGUACGGCCCUCAGUGUCGUCUACCUGCUCGGGAAACUAUACGUUGGGAACGCUGGUGACAGCAGGGCUGUCAUUAUUAGGAACAAUGAGAUUAUCCCCAUGUCAACGGAGUUCACCCCAGAAUCUGAGCGACGGCGACUUCAGUUCCUGGGUUUCAUGCAGCCUCACCUGUUAGGAAAUGAGUUCACGCACCUGGAAUUUCCCCGGAGAGUUCAGAGGAAGGAGGUGGGCAAGAGGAUGCUCUACCGAGACUUCACCAUGAACGGGUGGGCUUACAAGACCAUUGACGAUGAAGACCUCAAGUUUCCACUAAUAUAUGGUGAAGGGAAAAAGGCUCGGGUGUUGGCCACGAUCGGUGUGACGCGAGGGCUCGGCGACCACGACCUCAAAGUUCACGACUCCAAUAUUUACAUCAAGCCAUUCCUUUCCUGUUGCCCCGAGGUAAAAGUAUACAACCUAAUGCAGUAUGAGCACGGAGCUGAUGAUGUUUUGGUGAUGGCAACGGACGGGCUCUGGGAUGUCCUGUCGAACGAGGAAGUGGCUGAGGCAGUUACCACUUUUCUAGCCAACUGUGACCCCGAUGACCUACACAGGUACACGAUGGCGGCGCAGGACCUGGUGAUGCGAGCCCGGGGAGUUCUAAGGGACAGAGGGUGGAGGAUCACCAAUGAGCGAUUGGGCUCUGGAGACGAUAUCUCGGUCUUCAUCAUACCGCUGAUGUAUGGAAAUCGUCAGCCUUGAGGAGCCUGACGGAGAUGCUGCCAUUCAAGGACUCCCUAAGGCUCUUAAACCAACAGGACUGGUUAGUCCUGACCUCAAAAUUCCCUUUUGAGUUUCUGCUGUGCUGUUUUCUCUCUUAUUUUCUUCAAAGUUCAAAGUUAAAUGGAAUAUGUAGAUUUGUUGGUGCUUGGUUUCUCCACAGGAGUGAAGGAUUGAUCGGCUACCAGUUCAGGUGAACUGAAGUCUGACCCAAUUUUUUAUUUUUAUUUUUUGUUAAAGUUUGAUCAAGAAAUGAAGGGUAAAAGCAUUUUUACAGGAAGGAUCAAGAACUGACUUUUUCUUUCUCAUUAACUCUCUUAAUGCUGUACAAUAUUUGGCUUCCUUUCUUUCUGUCCCUUCUUUUUCCCUGAUGUAAGUUAAACUUGUUUACUGGGGAAAAAAAAACAUAACCUUCUUCUCCUCCUGACCAUGGACAGAGCUGACAGGUCAGGUGCAUUGACCUUUUGCCACAGUGUGGCUGUGAAGGAUUAUUUUGCUGAAAACAAGUAACAUUUCCGGUUUGUUUGCUGAACAGAUUUUAUAAGCAGAAGGAAAAAAAAAAAAUGAAGACUUAAAAGUUAUUCCAGCAAGACUGAUAAGGAAUGUGUUUGACUGUUGGGACAGCAGAAAAACUGGGGAUCUGGGCUGAUAUGGGUCAAUAGAAGUGGCAAAGUUUGUAAUGAAAACUGCUCAUUAAUUCAACUUGUGUACUGAAAGAAAACAGUCACUGAAACAAAGUCAUUUAAUCUGAUUUUAAUCCAAACAUUUCACUUUUGACUAAGGAAAGUAGAUCUUUGUUUGUUUACUACCAUGGAUUUUAACAUUAGUUUGGCUACAGAAGACCGUUAGCUAAAUGUAGCUUAGCACAAAAGAAACAGCGACACUUAAAGGGUUUAAACUUAUUUCAAAACCCCUAUAAAUAAAGCUUAUAUACAAGGUAAACAAGCUUUUUUUUAACAUUGUAUUACCUUUGAAUUGACCCAAGUUAGCUAUUUCUUAUUGCUUCCAGUCUUUACACUAAACUAAGCUAACGGUCUCCUUCGCUCGCAGCAAAUAAAGCAAAUUACCUUUUUUUAUUUUUUAUUUAAUUUCAAUUUAAUUUUUUCAAGAAAAAAUUGAUUUAAAUGUGAAAUGUAACUUAUCAGAUUAGAUGACUUGCGAUCCCUUCUAGAAAAACUAACUGGUCCAUGUUGGUCUUUGCUAGUCCACCAGCAUCAUUAUGCUGGUCUACGCUAGUCUAUGCUAGUCCACCAGCAUCAUUAUGUUGGUCCAUGCUAGUUCAUGCUGGUCUAUGGUGGUUCUUCGAGCAGGGAAUGUUAUCGCACUUUAGGCCAACCCACAUUACUCGCAGAGGAGCUGUGAUACAUGUGAUGAUGAAGAGGCAAAUAUUCCCUGCAGCAGGGACGAUUAAAUAAAAUCAUAACGAAAUACAAUCAAAGUCAGACAGCAACGCCCUGGUGUUUGAACAUGUUUUGCAUGUUUUCUGAGCUGUAGACAUAACAGACUUGUCUUUAUAGGUAGAGGUUUGGGAUCAAUGACGUACUGUGUUUGGAUGUAGUGAUUUUACUGUAUGUUAGUGCAUGCAGUGAUAUAUUUUAGGCCUGGGAAUAUGAGCAACGGUGCAAUGGUUUACACUGCUUUUUUUUUUUUUUUUCUCCGAUGGACUGAAUUUACAUUGCUGUAAUGUAUCAACGAAGUAUAGUAAUAACGUAAUUUGUUUGUAAAUGUGCUGUAAUCUUGCAAAUAUUUAUUAGGUUGUUCAUCCUUUUGAAAUAAUAGCACCCUAGCAUAGUAGCUAGAUGUGACUCUUUGCAAUGGAAGACAAAGAAAAUCAGAAAUUGGUAAUAGCCAGACACAAAACCAAAUAAUGUCUUCUUUUUUUGUACUUUUUUCCCAUCUUUUUGAAUGGACUUCAGAAAGAAAGGCGGCUGCCUUGAGUUCAGUUUGUAAAGUCUCAUAAUCGUUGUGGCCUCAGAAGCUGAUGUGCAGAGUUCACCCCUUCCAGUCGUUAUUAUUAAUCAUCUGUAUUCUUGGAGCUGCACUGCUCUGCCACGGACACUGGGUUAAGAGGCAGGAGAUGGAAAGCAGUGUGUGGGAAGGAGAUUUCAGAGGAUUCUCAAACCGACAUCAUUGUUUGAUUGACAUCAUAUAAUUAAAAGAAACAGCAUGUCUUCAAGUCCUUGACUGAAAAACAUAAUGUACUAUAAAUAGUAACUGAGAUUAAAUGUAGGUUUGUAUUACUUUUUUAAAGUAGCACUGGUUUCCUUCAGUAUGAGUUGCAAAUAUUAGUAAGUAAUAUUGCAUUUUUCCUGUAUUGUUUAUGGACCUUCAUUAGGGCAGACAUUUUGACACAUCACGGUUGGAAAAGCACAGCCGCAAAGAAAAUCUAAUUAAUGACGGCUGAGCUCCACUUUGCUGCCUCAGCGUCAGGGCGCAUGCUGGUUUACUGUCUGCACUAAUUGAACACAUCGUUAGUAUGAUCAGUUACACCUGUGCGUUUCCUGCUAAAACAUGUCAAAAUGCCUGCUACGAAAAUGGCCUGAACUCAGUGAACACAACCCAAUUUUGGAAGGCAGCAAAUGUCUCCUGAAAUGGGAAAAAAAGGAAGAACUGGUUAUGAUUCCCACAGGUCCUUGAAAUCCUUGAAAGUUGGUGCAUUUGAAAAAAAUUAUAAUAAUAAUUUUAAUUGAUUAACAAAGAGGUUAUGUUGAUAUUUAGGUAUAUUUAUGUCUCCCUUGUUUGUUUCAAUGCCACCUACUUUAUCAUGUCAUGUGUCUGUAUCAACAAAUGUGGAGUCGUAAUUACUAGCGUCAAACAAGAGAGAGCAAAUUAUGUGACGCCUGG